AUGGUUAUAUAUGUUGACGACAUACUUUUAGCAUCAAAAAGCAUUAAAGAAUUAGAUAAAGUGAAAUUGUCACUAAAACAAGAAUUUGAAAUGACGGACAUGGGACCAGUUAAAAAUAUUCUCGGUAUAAACAUUAAAAGAGAUAGACAUACAGGUGCCAUCACUCUGUCUCAAGAAAAAUAUAUUGAAGAGUUGAUAAAGAAAUUUAAUAUGCAAGAAGCAAAGGGGGUAUCGACUCCGAUAGAGUCGAAUACAAAAAUUUCUAAGGAAAUGAGUCCACAAAAUGAUGAAGAAAGAAGAGACAUGCAGAAGAGACCAACUGAAACGGACAUCAGUGACCAUCCGUAUCAAUUGAGUUUACAAACUACCAGCCACAUUUGCGGUGCCUCCAUCAUUAGCAGUAAAUGGGCCAUCACCGCGGGACACUGUGUCGGAUCGGCCCCUAGUCGGUACACGCUGCGGUCCGGUAAUAGUAACAACAAUUUGGGUAACGCUUACACCAUAAAGAACAUUACUCGACACCCCAACUAUAAUUCGAGAACUGUCGAUUAUGACGUCGCCCUUCUCGAGGUGCGUGGAACUACUUUUACUCUCAUAGAAGGUGGAUCGGUCUCACCGCGCUUGAUGCGAGUAACCGUUCCAAUCGUUAGCAGACAGCAAUGCAAUGACGCUUACAAACAUAUGAAUACAAUCACAGACAGAAUGAUAUGCGCGGGUGUUACUGCUGGCGGCAAGGACUCAUGCCAGGGUGACUCAGGCGGUCCGCUAGCAUCCAACGGUUUCCUCUACGGUAUCGUGUCCUGGGGCUAUGGCUGCGCGAAACCGAAAUACCCUGGUGUUUAUUCGAACGUGGCUAAUCUUCGAUCUUGGAUCAAAGAAACCAGUGGUAUUUAAUUUAAGAAACAUCUGGUUAUAAGAAUAUAAGAUCAUAUAGGAAAGAGCAAAGCUGACUCAACCCCUUUUAAAACUGUAUAAUUUUUUUAUAGUCGAACGAGACGAUCUCAAUUUUUCCAGUGGU